AUGACGACCAUCGAGAAUCUCAAGACCAUCGACCCCUUCGCGGAUGCGGACGAGGGCGACACCAACGACGCCGCUGCCACCAAGCAGAGCCAGAGCUACAUUCACAUCCGUAUCCAGCAGCGCAAUGGACGCAAGACUCUCACCACCAUCCAGGGCCUUCCCCGCCGCUUCGACCAGAAGAAGAUCCUCAAGGUGAUCAAGAAGAAGUUUGCGUGCAACGGUACCAUCGUUGAGGACUCGGAGAUGGGUGAUGUCAUCCAGCUUCAGGGCGACCAGCGUAAGGCUAUUCACGAAUUCCUCAUCGACAAGAAGGAGGGUCUGGAGAUGGAUGCCAAGAUGAUCAAGGUCCACGGCUUCUGA